AUGAGCUUGACCUGUGAGACCUGUAGGACACAGGCCCGGACCGUCCUCCGGGCCGCAAUCCGCGCCGGCGCAUCACGAGCUGCCGCUGCCCCGAGGACGAAUUUUAUAACCCCCGCGAGAGCACCCACUUCUGUCCCCAUGAGGCAGUUCAGCAAGACGAGCGAGAGGAGUCUCCUCAAGGGCCUCGGGAGCGCCAUGGCUGAGCCUUACCGCGUGCUGGGUGCUACGGAGCAGUUGUUCAAGGCGUCUUCAAAGGCUGCCGACUACCACAUCACCGAGAAGGAGCGGAAGAACGACCAGGUGCAGGUUGCGGAGGACGGUGAAGAGAUUGGCCACUCUCUGAACCCAGAUAGCGUAUGGCAUCACACCUUCAAACUCCCUCCCACAUUCAGCACCUGGUCCCACGUCACUAUGCUUCACCUCUACCUCAUCAACGCCCGGAUACGCUGCUUCGAGCGCGAGCCCUUCCAUAACUGGCAGCACCAGCUGACGGACCACUUCUUUUUCGAGUGCGAGAAGAAGAUGCACAUCGACCAUCAUAUCACGUCGAGCGCCCUGCGGCAGCGCUACCUCAAGGAUAUUUUUGUGCAGUGGCGGGGUCUGCUGCUGGCAUACGAUGAGGGGUUGAUCAAGGGCGAUGCCGUGUUGGCCAGUGCUGUCUGGAGGAACCUGUUCAAGGGAUCUCCCGAUGCUGAUCCUCGUGCUCUGCUUGCUAUUGUGGGUUGGAUGCGAUCGACCCUGCUGCAAUUUGAGGCUGCCAGCGAUAACAUGCUCGCUACACAACUUCCCCAGAUUCUCAGCAAGCCCGUCGACGUCUUCUGGACAAGACUGGAGAAGCAGCUAAGCGGACAGCAAGACGAUGUCACCCCAGCGAGAGAGCCGGUGAAGCAUGAGGCAGAGGUUGUGCCGCCAGAGGGAGCGGCCAAGGUCUCUGCGACUUGA